UGAACAGAGAGUGGAGGAGCACCUGGAAGAGACCUUGGUGUUCCUCAACCAGACGACAGGAGACUGCAGAGAGAGACCGGGCUCACACAGGGCUGACCAGCGAGUCAGGGGGCUCUACGCCUCAGGGCUCUGGCCCUGUGUUGCAAACUAGUCUCACUUCUGCCUCAGAACCAGUGGAGGAGCACCUGGAAGAGACCUUGGUGUUCCAACGACAGGGACCCACUACUGACAGUCACCAUGUCAGACAGGAAGGAGAAGCCCCUUGAAGGGAGGGAGCAAGCAUGCCUGCUGUGUCAGCGACCAGAGGCUGACCCGGACAUCUGCGGGGAAAAAAUCCAGAAACAUGGGAUCUGUGCCCACGUGUUCUGCCUGUAUUUUGCCAGCAACUUUCCUGAACGCCCGGUUCAUCGAGCAGACAUCUGGGGUCUUCACGCAUGGGAGAUCCGAGCUGUAGUCUCCCAGGCGGUAGAGCAGAGCUGCUGCAUCUGUGGCGAGAGCGGAGCCACCAUUGCCUGCUGUGAAAGAGACUGUGACCUGAACUUCCACCUGCCCUGUGCCAAGCAGGGACGCUGUGUCACCCAGUUCCACAGACCAUUCAGGACCUUCUGCCCCACACACAGCCCAGAACAGGCAGUGGAGGCGACUCCAGAGCCGGGCACCGAAUGCCUCAUCUGCAUGGAGCCUGUGGAGCACAGAAAGACUUUUAAUACCAUGGUGUGCCCAGCCUGCAAAACCGCCUGGUUCCACAGGGACUGCAUCCAAGGACAGGCUAUGCAUGCUGGUUUUUUCUCCAUCCAGUGCCCCCUCUGCAGAAAUGAUAACGCAUUUAUCAGAGAUAUGUUAACCAUGGGGAUCCGAAUCCCCUUGAGACCACCAUCAUGGGAGGGCAUUAAUGCAUUCGCUGAGCUGGGAGACAGACACAGGCGCUGCGAUGCCACUAAGUGCCUUUUUCCAAGAGGCAGGCAGGCGGCAGAGGAGGAGGGGCCCUGGGAACUGCUUCUGUGCUCCUCCUGUGCUGCCGAGGGCACCCACAGGUACUGCUCUGGCCUGAGGCACAGUAUAACCAGCUGGGAAUGUGAUGGCUGUGCUGGCCUGGGCACAGCUCCCCGAGAUGAGUCGGAGCUUGCUGCUGUCAGCGUGGCCAGACAGUCUGGACUGGAGCCUUCCGACGGCUCCAGAGAAGCCGAGACCAUCAGCCCCAACACAGGCAGCCUGGUGCUAUCAGGGCUGUCUCCUAGUUCUGCACCACUGGAGACCAUCAGCCCCAGCACCAGUGUUCCUGUGCCAUCUCCCGGAACUUCAGCACCACAGAACAGACACCACCGUACCAACCGCCAGGCAACAUCGGAGCAGUCUCUGGAAUCUUCCUCACAGGAGACGAGCAGCUCCAGCCCUGACAGUCAGGUAACAUCGGGGUCAUCCCAGAGCAGCUUCACAGAAACUGAUGACAGCAGCUACUCCAGCAGUCGGGGGCCUGACCGCCGGCAAAACCGCACCCGCCGGCAACAUUGGGCCCAAAAUCCACGCCUUCGGUCCAGAAGUCCCCAGGACAGGAGCCACGUACCAGCACCAAGUCCUGGGAGGCGCAGGACCAGGCUGAGACCAUCAGGGACAUCCUGCAGGCGAAACUGCUCCCGCCUGCAACGUCAGACUCCAAAUCCAUCUGGCCGGUCCAGAAGCCGCCGUGACAGGAGCCACGUGAGAGCACCGAGUGCUGGGAGGAGCAGCCGCAGCCAUCAAGCAUCGAGAACAUCCAACACACAAAGUCGCUCCCGCCAACGGCAACAGUUCCCAAAUCCAUCUGGCCGGUCCAGAAGUCGCCGUGACAGAAACUAUGUGAGAGCACCAAGUGCUGGGAGCCGCACCCCCAGCCAGGAAGCAUCAGGAACAUCCCGCAGGCGAAACCGCUCUCGCCUCCAAC